AAUGCAGCGACUUGAUCUUGGACGUGGAGUGGCAUGAGAUGCCGGGAAUCGUCAAGAUCAUAGAGCCAGCGUCGGGUCGCACGAUGACUACUCUUCAGAUUGCGAGACCGGACUUCUACCUCAUUUCCAACGAAGAUGUUAUCUACGAACAAGAUAUUCUUCGCAACACGGCCAGUGUCCGACCAUGGCUCAACUACAUCGAUUACAAGACUCGAAAUGGCACCAUCCACGAACGAGCCUUCAUCAUGGAAAGAGCCUGCAGACACUUGCCUCGGUCAUACAAGUUGUGGAAACUGUACUUGGACUUCCGGAUCAAGCAUCUGAAAAAGAAAAAUCCCGUCCAAUACCGAGCUGAGUUCAACAAAGUCAACGCGCUGUUUGAACGUGCGUUGAUCUUGCUGAAUAAGAUGCCUGUCAUCUGGGAGCUCUACCUCACUUUCCUAUUGAGACAACCAUACGUGGCAAAGACGCGAAGAACCUUCGACCGCGCCCUGCGAGCACUACCCGUCACCCAACACAAUCGCAUAUGGAAGUUGUAUAAAUCUUUCGCCAAUUCCGCUGGUGGAGAAACGGCUGUCAAGAUAUGGGCUCGGUAUAUACAAGUGCAUCCAGAAGAUGUCGAGGAUUACAUCGAUUUACUCGCCGAGACCGGCCAUUAUCUCGAAGCAGUAAAGCAAUACAUCCAAAUCCUGGACAACCCUAAAUUCCGGUCAAAGCAUGUCAAAAGCGAGUUUCAGAUAUGGAGCGAAAUGGUGGAGUUGAUGGUCACCAGAGCACGAGACCUUGGUGACAGUUCACUCUCUGGAUUCGAUCCUGAUACAAUCAUCCGAAGUGGGAUUGAAAGGUUUGCCGACCAGCGAGGGAAACUAUGGGCUGGCCUGGCAACAUAUUGGAUCACACGAGGUGAUUUUGAAAAGGCUCGAGACGUCUUCGAAGAGGGAAUCACCACCGUCAUGACAGUGCGCGACUUCACAAUGAUCUUUGAUGCAUAUGUGGAAUUCGAAGAAUCGAUUCUAUCCACACUCAUGGACGCCGCAUCCACGCGCGCAGCCAAGGGAAUUGUUGAUGCAGACAAAGACUUCGACGUUGACAUGAGAAUGAUGCGGUUCGAACAUCUGAUGGAUCGGCGGCCUUUCCUAGUCAACGAUGUGCUCUUACGACAGAAUCCAAACAACGUCGUCGAGUGGGAGAAGCGAGUUGCACUGUGGAACGACAACAAAGAAGAGGUGGUCCAGACCUACACCGAUGCAAUUGCUGCAAUCCACCCCAAGAAAGCCGUCGGAAAAUUCAACGAAUUGUGGUUAAAUUAUGCCAAAUUCUACGAAGAAGCAGGCGAUCUUGACACCGCCCGCCUCAUCCUCGACAAGGCCGUCAAAGUACCCUACAAAUCCGUUGCGGAACUAGCAGAACUAUGGCAAGGCUGGGCGGAACUCGAGCUACGCGCGGAAAAUUUCGACGGCGCCAUGAAAGUCAUGUCCACGGCCGUCCAGGCACCCAAACGAAGCACAGUCGACUAUUUCGACGAAACCCUCUCCCCCCAACAACGAGUGCACAAAUCCUGGAAAGUCUGGUCCUUCUACAUCGACCUGGUCGAAUCCGUCGGCACACUGGACGAAGUCCGCGCUGCGUACGACCGCGUCUUCGAACUCCGCAUCGCCACCCCUAACACCAUCGUCAACUAUGCCAACCUCCUCGAAGAACACAACUACCACGAAGAAUCCUUCAAAGUGUACGAACGUGGUCUCGACGUCUUCACGUACCCCGUGGCAUUCGAACUCUGGAACCUCUACCUCACCAAAGCCAUGGACCGAAAAAUCGGCAUCGAACGACUCCGCGACCUCUUCGAACAAGCCGUUGAAAACUGUCCGCCCGAAUUCGCCAAGUCUAUUUAUCUCAUGUACGGCAAACUCGAGGAAGAACGCGGUCUCGCCCGAUCCGCCAUGCGCGUCUACGAACGCGCCACACGCGCCGUGGCCGAUAAAGAUAAAUUCGACCUAUUUGAAUUCUACAUCAGCAAAUCCGCCUCCAACUUUGGACUGACGUCCACCCGUCCGAUUUAUGAACGCGCCAUCGCGGCCCUUCCCGACCGCGAAGCGAAAUCCAUGUGUUUGAAAUUCGCACAGGUGGAGCGUCGACUCGGUGAAAUUGAUCGCGCCCGUGCGAUUUACGGCCAUGCGUCGCAAUUCGCGGAUCCGCGUGUCGACAAGGAGUUUUGGGACACGUGGGAGAAAUUCGAGGUGGCGCAUGGAAAUGAAGAUACCUUUAAGGAGAUGUUACGGAUUAAGCGGAGUGUGGCCGCCCAGUUCAAUACCGAUGUUAAUUAUAUUGCGAGUCAGGCUGUUAAGCGCGGUCAAGCAAUGGCCACGACCGCCGCGGAGGCGGAGGCAGAGGCAGGUGGUGAUGACGGUGGGAGUGGAGGUGCUGCGCAGGAUGCAAUGGCUGCGUUGGAGAGACAGGCCAGAGCGCCGGUUGGGUUUGUCGCUGCUAGUACGGGGCCGGAAGGUGGAAAUAGGGGGAAGCAAGAUGGUCCUAAUGGUCCUGUGACGGAGAAAGUCCCCGUCACGGUUGCUGCGAAUCCGGAUGCUAUUGAUGUCGACCUGGAUGACGAUGAUGACGAUGAGGAUUAGGAUGGGUUGUGAUGAUGUGCUGUGAUGAUUUGAGAAGGAUCGCCACUCUCUGUCUAUAGUGAUGGCUAGCUUCGACAAUCUCAUGUAUUCAGACAUCGUCGAUGAAGUGUGAUUGUUUUUCUGAUUCAGGGGCUUGCAUUUCUCACGUGACGCUUGACCAAAGGAUAACGACAUUAAAUUCAUUCAUGUACAAAUCUAUUGUCUAUUUCGG